AUGGCCAAACCAACCAUCAUUCUCGCACCUGGCGCCUGGUGCCCGCCGAAGAUCUUCGGCGGCAUUUCACAAAAGCUGACCGAACAUGGCUACACAUGUCAUACCGUCUGCUUUCCCUCGGUUGACCGAGCGAGCACCGUGGAAGAUCUACAGCCGGACAUUGCCGCUGUGCGGUCACUGGUGCAGCCCGAGGUCGAGGCUGGUCGAGAGGUGGUCGUGGUUUCGCAUAGCUGGUCCGGUCUUCCUGUCAACAGCGCGCUGGACGGUUUGGAAAGAGGCGAACGCGAAAAAGAAGGCCAAAAUGGAGGCGUGGUCAAAUUGGUGUUUAUCGCCGCCUUCAUUCCACAGAUGGGCGAGAGUAUGAUCAGUGCCUUUGGCGGACAUUUGCCGCCGUGGCAUGAAGCGGCCGGUACGGUGACAGCCAGCGAUCCAUUCGCUUUGUUCUUUCAUGACGUGCCUGACGGUCGAGAGUGGGCCCAAUCGCUGCGGCCUCACGCGUGGUCUACGAUGGCGUCGCCCGCCACAGGUGCGGCUUACUUGAGAAUUCCGUGCUCGUACUUGCUAUGUGUGAACGACUUUGCUUUGCCCCUCGUCGUCCAACAGUUGAUGGUUGGUCGCGCCCAGCGGAGCGGUGCGACCAUCGAAACUGAGAAGAUCAAUACAAGUGAUUCGCCAUGGCUGGUUCUUCCCGAAGAAGUCGUGGGUUAUAUUCGCAGGCAGGCUGGUGAGCAAUUAUAA